CUACGGCUGCUGCAGUGGCCAAACUUAAAUGAGCGGAAGAGCAACGCGCGUUACUUCAGGGUCCUUCUUCCUAGGGACUGAGGUGUCAGGGGAUCCUCAGUAGAUAUCGAAAUAGAUGCAGGAUGGAGCAAGAAGGUGGCAACGGCCGACUCUUUUUCCGCGGUCUGCAGAACCGCUCCCACGAGAAGAUGAAGCUGCGAAAGAGAAAGUCAACUUUGUACCUCAGCCCCCCGAAUAGCUCCGAGCGCAGCGGAGAUCUUCUUGGUGAAAACAUUUAUCUGGUCUUGUUUACUAUAGGAUUACGAAUAUGUAACUGUUUUUUAGUCCAGACAAGUUUUGUUCCAGAUGAAUAUUGGCAGUCUCUUGAAGUUGCACAUCACAUGGUUUUCAAUUAUGGUUAUUUGACCUGGGAAUGGACAGAACGAUUGAGGGGUUACACUUAUCCCUUAAUCUUUGCAAGCAUUUACAAGAUUCUACACCUUUUGGGGAAAGAUAGUGUUCAGCUGCUGAUUUGGAUUCCUAGACUUGCCCAAGCACUUCUGUCUGCUGUAGCAGACAUCAGGCUUUAUUCAUUAAUGAAGCAACUAGAAAAUCAGCAAAUGGCAAAAUGGGUGUUUUUUUGCCAGUUAUGCUCUUGGUUCACGUGGUAUUGCUGUACCAGAACUCUUACAAACACCAUGGAAACUGUUCUCACUAUAAUUGCUCUUUUCUACUAUCCUUUGGAAGGUUCAAAGUCUAUGAACAGUGUCAAGUACUCAUCCCUGGUGGCACUUGCCUUCAUAAUUCGUCCCACAGCUGUCAUUCCAUGGAUACCUUUGGUCUUCAGACAUUUCUGGCAAGAACAGAAAAAGCUUGAUCUUAUUCUGUAUCAGUUUUUACCUAUAGGAUUUAUCACUUUAAGUUUGUCUCUGAUAAUUGAUCGGGUUUUUUUUGGUCAAUGGACCCUGGUUCAAUAUAAUUUUUUGAAAUUUAACGUGCUACAGAAUUUGGGAACGUUUUAUGGUUCUCAUCCAUGGCAUUGGUACUUCAGUCAAGGAUUUCCAGCUGUUUUGGGUACUCACUUACCAUUCUUUAUUCAUGGCUGCUUUCUGGCCCCAAAGAGGUCCCGAAUACUUUUGGUAACUGUACUGUGGACACUGCUAAUUUACAGCAUGUUGAGCCACAAAGAAUUCAGGUUUAUCUAUCCAGUUUUACCAUUUUGCAUGGUGUUCUGUGGGUACUCACUAAACCACCUCAAAACGUGGAAGAAACCAGCACUCAGUUUCCUGUUUUUAUCAAAUAUGCUCCUCGCCUUCUAUACUGGUUUAGUUCAUCAACGAGGUACUCUUGAUGUCAUGACUCAUAUUCAAGAACUCUGUUACAAUAAUCCCAAUAUAUCUUCAGCCUCAGUGUUUAUAAUGAUGCCUUGCCACUCUACUCCUUAUUAUAGCCAUGUCCACUACCCACUUCCAAUGAGAUUUCUCCAAUGUCCCCCAGACCUGACUGGAAAAAGUCAGUAUCUUGAUGAAGCAGAUAUAUUUUAUCUAAAUCCCUUAAACUGGCUUUAUAGAGAGUUUCACAAUGAUUCAACACUGCCUACUCACUUGAUCAUCUUCAGCAUUUUAGAGGAGGAAAUAAGUGCUUUCCUAAUUUCAAGCAGCUACGAGAGAACUGCUGUGUUCUUCCACACUCACUUGCCAGAAGGUCGAACUGGAAGUCACAUAUAUGUCUAUGAACGGAAAUUAAAAAGGAAACUCAACAGAAGCUGAAAUUCUCAACUGUGUUUAAAUCGUUUCUAGAGAAACAGACAUUGCUGGGUAGAAAUAUUCAGAUGCUGCAUAAAUACUCCUGUAAAUACUGGGUAAAAUUUAUGAACUAGCAAAACACCACUGAACUGAUUUACCAAAUAUCACUACUGAGGAAAUGUAUGAAAAAUAUCACAAAGUAUAAAAUCAUAUAUUAAUACAAAUGCCAGAUUUUAAAUAAAGACCUUUAGUUUUCCUCA